UCCGCCGGCACAUGCGCACGGCAGGGCAGGCCUUCUCUCUUCUCUCUGAGCGCCGCCAAGAUGGUGUUCAGGCGUUACGUGGAGGUAGGCCGGGUGGCCUACGUUUCCUUUGGGCCCCAUGCUGGAAAGCUGGUCGCAAUUGUAGAUGUUAUUGAUCAGAACAGGGCCUUAGUGGAUGGACCCUGCACUCGGGUGAGGAGGCAGGCCAUGCCUUUCAAGUGCAUGCAGCUCACUGACUUCAUCCUCAAGUUCCCACACAGUGCCCGCCAGAAGUAUGUGCGGAGAGCAUGGGAGAAGGCGGACAUCAAUACGAAGUGGGCAGCCACAAGAUGGGCCAAGAAAAUUGAUGCCAGAGAAAGGAAAGCCAAGAUGACAGACUUUGAUCGCUUCAAAGUCAUGAAGGCAAAGAAAAUGAGGAACAGAAUAAUCAAGACUGAAGUAAAGAAACUUCAAAGAGCCGCUAUCCUGAAAGCUUCUCCCAAAAAGGCAGCUGUUGCUAAAGCUGCCAUUGCUGCGGCGGCAGCAGCGGCUGCUAAAGCUAAAGUCCCAGCCAAGAAGGCAACGGGACCAGGCAAGAAGGCUUCUGCACAAAAGGCUGCAGGCCAGAAGGCAGCACCUCCUGCUAAAGGUCAGAAGGGUCCAAAGACCCCAGCCCAGAAAGCACCUGCUCCAAAGGCAGCCGGCAAAAAAGCAUAAGGCUACACAAAGAAUAAAGGUUCUUUUUGACUGA